AUGACACUUGUUAUGGAUCGGAGUUGCGGAGGAAAGUGUCUGUCUGUAGAAUACACCGAUAAGGUUGGUGAAGUUGCUAAAACCCAUGGCCUGAAGCUUCAUAUCGACGGAGCUCGUAUUUUCAAUGCCUCCGCAGCACUUGGGGUUCCUGUUGAUAGACUUGUGAGAGCUGCUGAUUCGGUUUCGGUAGGCCUAGCGAAAGGGAUAGGUGCUCCUGUUGGAUCAGUUAUUGUUGGUUCCAAGGCCUUCAUACACAAGGCUACAAUUCUUAGGAAGACACUAGGUGGUGGAAUAAGGCAGGUAGGAAUACUUUGUGCUGCUGCUGAAGUUGCAGUGCGCGACACUGUAGGCAAGCUUGCGGAUGAUCAUAGGAAGGCUAAAGUCUUAUCCUGA